UACUCGCUCUUCUGUUGUUUUCAAGAUGUCUGCACCCUGAACCGUGGUUACGACGUGAAGGUGCUUCUGGUGAAUUAAAGCUGAGCCACUUAGAAAGGAAGUGUCAACAAUGUGGCUCAGUCUGCAAUGCUCUUUAAGGCUAGCUAAAUUGCCAAAUUAAAUGUCUCAUGUUUUCUGUCACACUUUUUCCACUAUUCCGUGCCCAAUACAUACAUGCAGCGAGAAGAUACGGAGAUAGACAAACAGACAGACUGACAUGUCGAAGGUCUCCAGGGCAGCCAAGGUGGUGAAGAAGGUGGACAUGGGGGGUGUGAUCCGCUGCAUCGUGAGGGCAGGACAGGCAGCUCCCGGACCCCCGCUAGGUCCUAUUCUGGGACAGAAGGGGAUCCCCAUCGGGCAGUUUUGUAAGGACUUCAAUGAGAAAACCAAGGAGAUUAAGGAGGGCAUUCCUCUCCCCAUCAAGAUCAAUGUCAAGCCUGACAGGACGUAUGACAUUAAGAUUGGCCAGCCCACAGUCUCCUACUUCCUGAAGCAGGCGGCGGGCAUCGAGAAGGGGGCAGGGAAGACCGGCCAUGAGACUGCAGGGAUGGUGUCCUUGCGGGCCGUGUAUGAGAUCGCCCAAGUGAAAUCUCAGGAUGAGUGUUUCACCAUGCAGAAUGCCUCCUUAGAGACGGUUGUCAAGAGCAUCAUUGGCUCAGCCCGUUCGUUAGGCAUCAAGGUUGUUAAGGAUUUAGAAGCAGCCGAGUACAAGGUCUUCCUAGAGCAAAGGGAGGAGCACUUGAAAGCAGAGGCUGCUGCUGCUGCUGCGGCGGCUCUUUCCUCCAAGAAGAAAUGAGAUCUCUACCUGUGCUGCCCGUCUCCCUGUCCACCCAUCUGUAUUUAUAUGCCGGCCCAACACACAUACUAAUGUCAUUGUAAUUUUACUUUGUGUAAUUUGCAUCAAAAUAAAUGUUCAAUUGUUCAUUUAA